AUGAAGUUUUUAUUGGCGAUGGCUUUUUUUAUUUUAAUUUCCUUGUGGGUUGAAGAAGCCUGUUCUAAAGAAAAGUCUUCCAAGAAAGGAAAGGGGAAAAAGAAGCAGUAUCUGUGCCCAUCUCAGCAGUCAGCAGAGGACCUGGCUCGAGUACCCGCCAACUCCACCAGCAAUAUAUUGAACAGACUAUUGGUCAGUUAUGAUCCCAGGAUAAGACCGAAUUUCAAAGAUAUCCUCUUUUUCCAGGACUAUAGAGUUAACAUCUUCCUAAGACAAAAAUGGAACGAUCCCAGGCUGAAGCUUCCUAGUGACUUUAGGGGCUCAGACGCCUUGACAGUGGAUCCCACGAUGUACAAGUGUUUGUGGAAACCUGACUUAUUUUUUGCAAAUGAAAAAAGUGCCAAUUUUCAUGAUGUAACCCAGGAAAAUAUCCUACUCUUCAUUUUUCGGGAUGGAGAUGUUCUUGUCAGCAUGAGGUUAUCGAUUACUCUUUCGUGCCCUUUGGACUUGACUUUGUUUCCCAUGGAUACACAACGUUGCAAGAUGCAACUUGAGAGCUUUGGUUAUACAACUGAUGAUUUACGAUUCAUCUGGCAGUCAGGGGAUCCUGUUCAGUUAGAAAAAAUUGCCUUGCCUCAAUUUGAUAUUAAAAAGGAGGAUAUUGAAUACGGCAACUGCACAAAAUACUAUAAAGGCACUGGCUACUACACGUGUGUGGAAGUCAUCUUCACCCUGAGGAGGCAGGUCGGCUUCUACAUGAUGGGCGUCUAUGCCCCAACCCUGCUCAUCGUGGUCCUCUCUUGGCUGUCCUUCUGGAUCAACCCAGAUGCCAGCGCGGCCAGAGUGCCCCUGGGCAUCUUCUCAGUCCUCAGCUUGGCCUCUGAGUGCACCACCCUUGCCGCGGAGCUCCCCAAAGUGUCCUACGUAAAAGCUCUUGAUGUGUGGCUCAUCGCCUGCCUGCUCUUUGGGUUUGCUUCCCUGGUGGAGUAUGCUGUGGUCCAGGUGAUGCUGAACAACCCCAAAAGGGUCGAAGCAGAAAAAGCCAGAAUUGCUAAGGCUGAGCAAGCAGAUGGAAAAGGCGGAAAUGCGGCCAAAAAGAAUCCCGUGAAUGGUACAGGGACCCCUGUUCAUAUUAGCACUUUGCAGGUUGGUGAGACUAGAUGCAAAAAGGUUUGUACUUCCAAGUCUGAUCUGAGAUCUAACGAUUUCAGCAUUGUUGGAAGCUUACCAAGAGAUUUUGAAUUAUCCAAUUAUGACUGCUAUGGAAAACCCAUUGAAGUCAACAAUGGACUUGGAAAAUCUCAGGCAAAGAACAACAAGAAGCCUCCCCCGGCCAAACCUGUUAUUCCCACAGCAGCAAAGAGAAUUGAUCUUUAUGCGAGAGCGUUGUUUCCUUUCUGCUUCUUGUUCUUCAAUGUUAUAUAUUGGUCUAUAUACUUAUGA